GCCCCAAAAGAAGAUGACGCGAUAUCAGCUGCUAGGGAGACACCUCAGUUUGAUGAAGUCCCAAAAGAAAACGACUUCACACCAGCUGCUGAGGAAACAGUUCAAUUUGAUGAAGCUCCAAAAGAAAAUGACGUCACGUCAGCUGCUAAAGAAACAGUUCAAGUUGAUGAAGCUCCAAAAGAAGAUGACGUCACACCAGCUGCUGAGGAAACACUUCCAUUUGGUGAAGCCUUAAAAGAAAAUGACGUCACUUCUGCUACUGAGGAAACAGUUCAAUUUAAUGAAGCCCCAAAAGAAAUUGACUUGAUAUCAGCUGCUGAGGAAAUAGUUCAAUUUGAAGAAGGCCCAACAGAAAAUGACGUCACGACAGACUCUGAGUUUGAUGAUGACACUUUAAGAGGUGAGAAAACAACAUGCUGUUUGCUUUCUAUACCAAGAUGUCAACGACGGUGAAAUGAGAAAGUGCAGUCAGUUAGGAAUCGUGCUCACGAAUCCGCACAUUCUUGAAACCCCACAUUUUUUCACCCGAAUUCGUGUAGACGGGGCCUUGGACCUCUAUGAAGAGCGGUUUCACAGGGAAAAAGUGAGGUUUCAGUGAGCGGUCUUACUGGUUUCGUAUGGACGGAAGGCCGAUUGGUGUGCACGAGGCCUCAAUGACAUUUACAUUUAAACUGUUAGCCCAACUCCCAAGUCAAGUAUUAUUAAAUUAUUCUCAUCAAUAAAACGCCCCAGUAAAACAGUGCGGUGGCGUAUGUAAAGAACUGAUAAUUUCGAGAACUUAACCCUCUGAGGUGUUUUUUGAGUUUUUUCUUAGACGAAAAAACAUCAGCACCUAACGUUUUCAGUAGCUGUUCGUUUAUCCCUCGCGCGCGUUUUGAGACAUGUUUAGUGAUGGUCAAUUAGUAUGUGCAAUCAAAUGGUGACGAGUGAAAUUAGGGAAUAAUUUCAAGCGCGUUUUGUCCAAAUCCUAAUAAUUUCCCGAGCCUGAAGGCUCGGGAAAUGAUUAGGAUUUGGACAAAAAGCAAGUGAAGUUAUUCCCUAAUUUCACUAGUAUACCAUUUGAUUACCUAUUAAUAUCAUGGGUGACGAAUAACGUUUGCAAUCUUGGAUUUUUGACGUGUUUAUCCUGGAUAGUAUCGAUCGAGAACUUCACUCUCUCAAAUGUUUAAACCUUAAAUUUGGCUUAUAAAGUUCAGAAUUUUUCAGACCUUUUCGGCAAAAUACCUGUUAGAAUCCUUCUUGAUGUUCUCUUGUGUGUUCAGGUUUUCUGAAGAGUCCUUUUGUGCCCUGACAUCUUCAUUCACGGCAUUUUAAAACUUCGUCGCCAUCUUGACACUUAGACAUACGGAAGGGUUGCCAUGGCAAUUUUGUAAUUUCACAUGUGAAACUACAAAUUAACGCUGAAAUUUCGCGCCAAAAUUAAGGAGUAAUUCGUCACCUAUGAUAUUAUUAUGGUUACGAGAUAUGACGUCAUAAGUACCAGGUGGUCAAGCCAUUUUUGAGUGAAAAUGCAUGUACGUCCGAGGGUUAACUUGUGUUUUGAAUUAGCACUGCAGCAGUUGUAAGUGUCAAGAAAUAGUUAUGAUAAAAAUACCAGAAAUUGUGAACGCACAAAAGCCAUUAUUACACAAUUAUUCGGUCGAAAGUUUGGAAUAACUAAAAUUAGGUUUUUCUUCGUUGCAGCAAUUUCAGAGGUGUACAAGAAUGAGGGUAACGAUGAAUACAAGAAGAAGAAUUUCAAUAACGCCAUUUACUUCUACACUGAGGGAAUUAACGUGGACUGCAAAGAUGAAGAGCUUAACGCCAAACUGUACAGUAACAGAGCGGCAGCACAUUUUAACUUGGGUAGGAAGUUGUUAUCUUUUCUUUAUAUUGGUUGUCUUUUAAAAUACCUUAUCUUUUGUAUAUUGGACAGGGUAGCAUCACUGAAUGAUGCACUCAAAACUUUCUAGGAGUACAGGAGUUGUUAUGUAAGAACGUUGUUGAAGUCGUGCUGGCCAUAUUAGUGAGUUUACGCAACAGGACGGCAGGAAGAAGAGGACGGCAAAACAGCUGUGUGAUAAACGUGACAGGGCUAUCGCUUGUGGGUUUUGUCGUGAUCGUCACUUAACACCAAGGUUUUCUGGUCCUUCACAAAAAGAUCUGUUUAAAGGAAAGUGAAGUUUGGCGAAAAGUUGUUUCAAAUAAAAUUGUUGUCACGCUUGUCACACAAGUUUUGCCGUCUUCUUUCCUCUCCCGUCCUGUUGCGUAAGUUGCCUAUUGACUACCGUAAACUGCUGCCUAUGAACCCUGGGCUUAAAAGUCUUCGUAAUAGGUUUUAGGAGGUCUAAUAAACCGAGAGGCUCAUAUCCGAAGGGGCUUACAACUGGAAUUAAUAGAAAAACCGCUUCCGAAACAAGCUAAAGCAGUGCUUACGAAAAUACAUUUUCCAUUUACUAGUUUUUAAUUAAGCUUCAAAAUCCCUGGUCAAAAUAAAACGAAUUUAGUUCAAUACAUUUGGUAAGAGCUUUAAUAUAUCAAGGAGGGCUUAUAAUCGGAUCUUUUUUGCAUGUUGUUGUUGUUUACAGGUAGGUAGACCAAUAACUGAGGGAGAUCAUAGUUGGGGAGCUUAUAAGUGGUAGUUCAUGGUAAUUGUUAACAAUUGUUUACAUAGGUAAUUACUCUGAGACAGUGAAUGAUGCAAACGCUGCCAUUAAAUUACAACCACAUUUUCUGAAAGCUUUUGUGAGAGGUAAGAGAUAA